AACAUAGGAACGGAACGGUGAACGGUCUCUACCUUCAGUACACGCUGUGGAACUUCCCAUGAUUGAUAAUAGGCACACAGACAUGCACACGCUCAUGGAGUAAUUGAACAGCAAUAGUACACAAUGUUACCGCUUCUCGUUUUGCUGGCUAUCAUGAUGGCUACGGAGCCUCUCACAGUAGAAGAGUACAAAGCGCAGCCACUAGAAAAGGAUGUAGAACACAUGACAGGAGAAGCACUCGUAAACUACAUAAACACACACCAAAAUUUCUACAAGGCAGAGUAUAAGCCAGAUAUUGAGAAAUUUGUGCAAUCUCGAAUAAUGAAGUCAGAGUACCUCAAUGAUCCCCUCGCUGAAAAGUUGAUGGAACGCAGAAAAAUCGUUGGAAACGAUCCCCUUCCUGAAAGCUUUCACGCACGCGAUAAAUGGCCAAAAUGCGCUGGAAUAAUUGGCCACAUUCGAGAUCAGUCCGGCUGCGGAUCAUGUUGGGCUGUAGCAGACGCGGAAGUUAUGUCAGAUCGUUUAUGUAUACAAUCAAAUGCAAAGUACACUGUACACAUAUCCGACACUGAUUUGCUUUCUUGCUGCUCGAACUGCGGCUGGGGAUGCGGUGGUGGUUUUGCCGCUCGGGGAUGGAAAUACUUCGCAGCGUCGGGCCUUUGCACAGGAGGGCCAUAUGGUAAUAAGAAUUGCUGCAAACCAUAUGCAUUCUAUCCGUGUGGUGAACAUAUUAACCAAACCUACUAUGGACCAUGCCCGUGGGGCGGAUGGGAUACACCGAGUUGCCGUAAGAUGUGUCAGUUUGAAUAUGGCAAAGAGUAUGAAAGUGACAAGUUUUAUGGAAACAAGAACUAUUAUGUCAAUGGAGAUGAGUCUGACAUCAGGAGAGAAAUAUAUAGCAAUGGACCAGUGGUCACAACUUUCCAGGUCUACGAAGACUUCAGUUACUAUAAAAGUGGAGUCUAUGUGCAAAAAUAUGGAGAACAGAAAGGAGGACAUGUCGUAAAAAUUAUUGGAUGGGGUGUGGACCGCACAAAUGGUACUAUACCUUAUUGGCUGGUCGCGAAUUCUUGGAACACUGACUGGGGAGAAGAUGGUUUCUUCCGUAUAAUUCGUGGUCGCGGUGAAUGCCAAAUCGAAACAUUUGUGAUUGGCGGAGAUAUAAAUCUCAAUAAAACUCCUUGGUAACCAGUAAUCUGAAUAAAUGUUUCCGCAG